GGCUGGCUUAUAUCAGGGAGCAUCACGGCAGGACGCCAGCCUGGAAGGUCAUGAUUAAAACCUGGAAUCUGCUUGGCUGUGAUUGAAGAAAGCAUUGAACCCACAGGUCCCCGCCGCGCAGAGAGUGAUGCUUGUUCUGUUCCAUGCCAUGGUCACGCCACUGCUCUGCAUCAUCCGUGCUGCCCCCCUCCCCAGCGCCAGUACCCAGUCCAACGCCACCGAUGUCCUCUGGGCCGAGACCCCCCUGAGGGAUUGGGACCUCUUCUCUCCGCGCGUCACUCUUUCCAACAGCGAACCUGCAGAGCCGCCCUUGCUUUUCCUCAUGGAGGACUCCAGCGCCCAGCCGGCGCAGGCCGCAAACCGGACCCUCAAGUCCAAGCGGUCGUUGGACGGAUCCCUCCGCCGGGGAGAAAUGUCGGUGUGCGACAGCGUCAACGUCUGGGUGACCAACAAGCGGACAGCCGUCGACAUCCGCGCCAAAACCGUGACAGUGCUUUCCGAGGUCCAGACGCUGACCGGCCCGCUGAAGCAAUAUUUCUUCGAGACCAAGUGUAACCCGGCUGGGGGCACGGCGAGCGGCUGCCGGGGUGUGGACCGCCGCCACUGGAUCUCCGAGUGCAAGGCCAAGCAGUCGUACGUGAGGGCCCUCACCAUGGAUUCUGACAAGAUCGUGACCUGGCGCUGGAUCCGCAUCGACACCGCGUGCGUCUGCACCCUGCUCACUCGUACCGGCCGGACGUAGGGAGUCCCGGGAGGCAGGCAACUGGUAAUCUGUCACUUUGGCUACUGAAGAGAUGGAGAUGGAGCAAUGGGACCCCUAGGCCCAAGAUGGCCGCCCUUUGGCCAAGGGGCAUGUGCAUGGUUCCCAUUGGACAAGAAGAAAGGUGUGUGUGGUCCUGGCUGAUUGGCAGGCCCCAGGCUGCCUUGUCUGGUUCUGCUUGCGCCCCCUUGAAGUUGGGGUUCCCUGUCAACAAGGUGCAUCGUCACAAACGUGGCCAUUUGCCGGACAGGAGAGAUGUUGCUGCUGCACUUCUACACAGAGGUAGAGAAGUGAACUUUAAGCACUAUUGAGAUGCAGCCAGGCAGACUUUGUGGACUGGAGGGGCCAUGAAGUGGUCCCUAGUGGUCAAAACUUCAUACCUACCACAUGUGUCAAGGCACUGGUGUCUUGUGGGUGCUGCUUUAGAGUCACUCAAACCUGCCUCUCUCACACACUCCCCAAUGCUCCCAUUGCACCUUU